UCCAUGUCGUACCCAUACCACGACGAUAAUCCAUAGGUGACAUGAAACCCGUAAAAAGCGUCACGAUUAUCGACGAUCCCCAAGUACAUGAAGACCAACAUGUCCAUGCCCCUUGGCCGAUCAUAGCCAAAUUUCUUUCCGACCUCCCAACUGGCUGGAUUGGCCUGGAUUCGGGAACGGGGAACGGGAAAUAUCUUCCUCUACCUGCAGAUCGCCCCGGUAGUAUACUAACAAUCGGUCUCGAUCGGAGUCGCAACUUGCUCCAGAUCGCUCGACAUGCCGGGAGUGAACCUGGUAUUCUGAUCACUCGGGAGGUUGUUUGGGGUGAUGUCCUUGGGAGCGGUUGGAGAUCGGGCAUGUUCGACUAUGCCAUAUCUAUAGCUACGAUCCACCACCUGGCAUCGCAUGACCGUCGAAAGCUUGCCGUUCAGCGUCUUUUACAGGUUGUCUCUCCAGUCCAUGGACGCAUGAUGAUCUAUGUGUGGGCCAUUGAGCAGGAUGAGCUAUCCAAACGGUCAAUCCCAGCCAGUGACACCGACGGAUUGGAUCACUACCCUACGGCUGGCGAAGAUGUCUUUGUGCCCUGGGUAAUGUCUCAGCAGCAGCACACCGCGAAAGGGAAAUUCAAAGGCGAUGUCACGUCCUCAGCUAUAUCGAAGCAAGACGCAUCAGCUGUUCCAACGUUAGCCGUGGAGACUCCCGUGUACAACAGAUACUAUCAUAUGUUUGCGAAAGGCGAACUCAAACAGCUUGCGGUUCAAGCAGCUGAAGAGCUUGGACUCAUCGUUGGACCGCAGGAGACUGCAUAUACUAAGGGGUGCAGAGGUGUUGAGAUUAUCCAGGAAGGGUGGGAACGGUCAAAUUAUUAUGUCGAGUUGCGGUGCUGGGUAUCUUGAAUGU